GAGCUCGCCGGGCUGCGCGGCGCACGAUGUGGAGCCGCCGCUUGGGCGCCCGCAGCAGCCGCCGCCGCCGCCGCUGCUGGGGCUGCCGCCGAGCCGAGGGACAUGGAGCGCGGCUGCAGAGAGUGGCCGCGGGCAGCAGCAGCAGCGAGCAUCGAAGCGACAGCGGAGCGCAGCCCGCCCGGUGAAGCGCUGCCCGGCCGGUGGCGGCAGCGGCGGCAGCAGCAACAGCAACAGCAACAGCAACAGGGCGGCUGAAAAGCCGGCGGCGCCUUUCCUCCCUGCAGCCUCCCCUCUCGCCUCGCGGCCCGUCCGUCCGUCUUCCUCUCCUCGGCCUUCCCUUGGCCACCCCCUCCUCCUCCGCGGCGCGCGCCGAGCAGCUGAGCCCGGGGGCGGAGGGAGGGGGCGCGUGCCGCCGGCUUGGGGGAGGGGCAGGCCGGCGCGCGCCGCGCCCAGGACUCGCGGGGACCCGGGGGGCGCGUGCCGCGGCGCGAGGCGAGGCGCGGGGCGGUGCGGCGGGGCCCCUCCCCCCUGCAGCCUGGCGCGCGCCGGCCGGGCCGCACCGCUGCGGGCUCCGCGCGCGCGGGCCAUGUCCGCCUUCUGCCUGGGCUUGGCCGGCCGCGCUUCAGCACCCGCCGAGCCGGACAGCGCCUGCUGCAUGGAGCUACCCGCCGGGGCCACGGACGCAGUCGGGAGUCCAGCCGCCGCCGCCCUGGUCUCCUUCCCCGGGGGCCCUGGGGAGCUAGAACUGGCGUUAGAGGAGGAGCUGGCGCUGCUGGCAGCCGGGGAACGGCCGUCCGACCCCGGAGAGCAUCCUCCGGCCGAGCCCGGGCCUCCGGCCGAGGCGGCCGGACUGCUGCCACUGCCCGCCCAGGACCCCGAGCUGCUGUCGGUGAUCCGUCAGAAGGAGAAGGAUCUAGUGUUGGCGGCCCGGCUGGGCAAGGCACUGCUCGAGAAGAAUCAGGACAUGAGCCGGCAGUACGAACAAAUGCACAAGGAGCUGACAGACAAACUGGAGCACUUAGAACAAGAGAAACACGAACUAAGAAGACGAUUUGAGAACCGAGAAGGAGAGUGGGAAGGGCGUGUGUCUGAGCUGGAGAGUGAUGUGAAACAGCUUCAGGACGAGUUGGAGAGGCAGCAGGUUCAUCUACGGGAGGCAGAUCGAGAAAAAACUCGGGCUGUCCAGGAGUUAUCGGAACAGAACCAAAGGUUAUUGGAUCAACUCAGCAGGGCAUCAGAAGUUGAGAGACAGCUCUCCAUGCAAGUGCACGCCCUCAGAGAAGACUUUCGGGAGAAGAACUCCUCCACCAGUCAGCACAUCAUCCGCCUGGAAAGCCUGCAGGCCGAGAUCAAGAUGCUGUCGGAUCGGAAACGGGAGCUGGAGCACCGGCUCAGCGCCACCUUGGAGGAGAAUGACCUGCUCCAGGGCACCGUGGAGGAGCUGCAGGACCGGGUGCUGAUCCUGGAGAGGCAGGGCCACGACAAAGACCUGCAGCUGCACCAGAGCCAGCUGGAGCUGCAGGAGGUGCGGCUGUCCUACCGGCAGCUGCAGGUGAAAGUGGACGAGCUCACCGAGGAGAGGAGUCUGCAGAGCUCGGCCGCCGCCAGCACGUCCCUCCUGUCCGAGAUCGAGCAGAGCAUGGAGGCCGAGGAGCUGGAGCAAGAGCGGGAGCAGCUGAGGCUGCAGCUCUGGGAGGCCUACUGCCAGGUCCGCUAUCUCUGCUCACACCUGCGAGGCAACGACAGUGCUGACUCGGCCGUCUCCACCGACUCCUCCAUGGACGAGUCCUCAGAAACCUCGUCUGCCAAGGACGUGCCGGCCGGCAGCUUGCGCACCGCCCUCAGCGAGCUCAAGAGGCUGAUACAGAGCAUCGUGGACGGCAUGGAGCCCACGAGCUCCCGGAGAAUUGACGAUGACUCUUUGGAAGAACAGAUAAGGCAGACCAGUGAGGAUUCGAGAGCCCUAAGGGAACUCAUGGAGGGAGAGAGGGGUAAACUGAGGCAAAGCCUAGAAGAGCUGCAGCGACUCCACAGUCAGGUGACACUGCUGAGUGUGGAGAUGACUGCACUGAAGGAGGAGAGAGACCGACUCAGAGUGACAUCUGAGGACAAGGAACCAAAGGAGCAUCUUCAGAAGGCCAUCAGGGACCGGGAUGAGGCCAUUGCAAAGAAGAACGCUGUGGAGCUGGAACUCGCCAAGUGCAAGAUGGACAUGAUGUCUCUGAACAGCCAGCUGCUGGAUGCCAUUCAGCAGAAGCUGAACCUCUCACAGCAGCUCGAGGCUUGGCAGGAUGACAUGCACAGGGUCAUUGACCGGCAGCUGAUGGACACGCACCUGAAGGAACGGAGCCGGCCUGCUGCUGCCCUCUCCAGGGCCCAUGGCGCGGGGCGUGGGGUUGAGCCCAGCACCACUGAAGGCAAACGGCUCUUCUCAUUCUUCAGGAAAAUUUAAGUUGGGAGAAGUCAGGCCAGCAAGGGUUGGUGGACCGGAGGCAACCGAAAGGGGUGCAGG